AUGGCGUCUCCUGAACGAGUUUGUAGUUGGGUUGAUGUCAGAAAAGAUCAAGAAAACUACCUCGAAACACCAGAUAUAAUUGACGAAAAUACGCCUUUAAGUCCAGGAGAGAUAGAAAUCAUGAGAAACCAUUCAAAAAUCUCGUCAAAGCUCUGUUCACCGACAAGAAAGACAUCAAAACAAAAACCAUCUUUCAGAGUUCAUGGUUCAYCUCUUGCGUCGACGAAGUUGACUACAUCCAGUAAAGGGUCUCUAGAGAAACGAAAGACUCUGCAAGUUCUUCAGCCUGCUGCAGAUGGGAAAGGACUUCUUGUGGGAAGCUCUGGUAUUGUCAGAAGAGAGCAGAAGAAAGAUACCAUCAAAUCCAAGUCAAAGACUGUUAAGCUUCAGAAGACACUGAAAGAAUGCAGUGAGUCAACAGCAGAGACUAGUUCUGAUUCAGAUUCAAGUACUCAAAACACUCCACAGGCUAAUUCCACAGAGAAUGAAAAUGAAGCAUUUGCUUUAAUGGUGCAAGACCCACCACCAGAGAAGUACUGGCAGUUGCUUGCAGAAGAAAGAAGGAUUGCAUUACAAGAAGCAUUAGAAGAAAAUGAAAGGCUAUGCAAGGAGCUAGAAGAACAAAAAGAACUAUGCCGUAAACUGGAAGAAGUUGCUGGCCAAGCAGAAUAUUUUGCUAGCCUUUACCAUAUGGUYUUAGAAGGAGAGGCUCCUGAUCUAGAGGAUAGUGACACAGACCAUCCUAAAAGAAGCAACUCAAGAGAAUCUAAUGCUGAUGGUGAUUCAGACACAUCCUAGUAUUUUUGCCUGAUUUGAUAGCUUCUUAACAGGUACUUAAUAUUAGAUACCUUAAGAGGAAUUACAAUAUUUAUUUAACUAUGUGUAUUUAAGCAUCAAGAAAAGAAAYAUUGAGAUUUUAUUUUCAUUUAUAACAAGCAGUUUUUUUAGGGAAACGUAAUGAAAUAUUCAGCAGAAAGUAGUUAGACAAAGGAUAGUUUGUAUGUUUGCUUAUCUGUAUGUAAAAAGAGCAAGACACAGGUCGAAAGAUAACUGGUCAUUGGCCAGGAAUUAUGACCAGCCACACAGAUAUUAGCUUGUGCAUACUCCAUCUAUAAGUAUAACUGAACAACAUCUAACCAAUCAAUUUAUCCAGUCGAGAACUGGACUAAGAGGUGUUUGGCUAGAAAAGUAUCAUUUAUGGUUGGACUUUGAUGGUCCAUUGACCAUCUGUUAUUUUUACUGAGAACUACAUUGUACACAAAUUUUGCACAUCUGAUUCUUGGUGCAGCUGAUCAGUUUGGAUAAUAUAUUUUUGUUUACCCCUCUUCAAUAUUUAUGUAAAGGAUCAAACACUUGGGCGAGAGCAUUCUUAAAAAUAAAGCCUUCAGCCAGCUGGGCCUUUAAUUUUAAGAAUGCCCUCACCUAAACUAAAUUCUACUUCUUUUCAUUCAUGAAAAAGUAUGAAAUAAAUAUUUGUUUUGAAGUAUUAUGAUCAUUAAAAUAAGGACACAUUUUUUGGGGGGACAGUAUUUCUAGUUUUCAAGGUUUAUAAACAUUAUUCAAUUUACGAAUGAAAAAUCCUAUUUUAAAAUCACAUUUUACAGUACUAUGUUGAUGAAAACUAACAGUCGGUUUCAUAAUUUGUUUUUAUUUCCAUAAUACAUGCUAUUUCAUAGCAGUUUAUUGGCAUUUUCUUAUUUGGUAAAUAUGUACAUGAGAUAUUUUACUUUACAGUUGUGCGAGACAUUUACAAAUUUAAACUCCACAUUAUAUUACAAAGAAUGUUAUUUUACAUAGAUUUCAUCUAUCAAGCAUGCAUUUAAUACCUGCAUUUCAGAAAUAAACUACUGUUGCAUGAAAGCAUAAAAUUAUGCCAUCCUAAGACCUAAAUUAGUGGUCAUGAUAAACACUUGCUUGCAAAUCUUUUGUUUAAAGACAAAUACUUCACUUGUCAAUAAAAUAAAUGGUAAUUUUUUUUCAUUUUACAAUAAACAUUAUUGGUAAAAUGAAUACAAUGCUGUCCCCUAGAGGACCCUUAGAGAGCACCCAUAAUUUAUGGUGUGGGGGAUUAUGGGGAGAAUCUUGGGGUUACCCCUCACCCAAAAAAGACAUAUUUUAAUUGAGGCCUUCCCAAACCACAGACAUGUUUGGCACCCGGCUGGCUGAUUCCAAAGAGCCGUGUGCCAGACCUGCACUUUCCAGUUGACUUACUUCUAUGUUUUGGCAACCAAUUAGAACAUGUCUUAGUGUCGUGUUCACCUUAGAUGCAAAUGACUGUUUUGUUCAAACCAACAUGGCUGCCGAGUGAAAAAAGGUGAUUAGUUGGGCUCCUUCCUUUGGACUAAAUUGCAUGUAAUACAGGCACACUGGUAAUGAGAAGACCAGCCUUUUACCAAGACCUGGAAGAAUGCUAGCUUCAUUUUAGUUAAUGCACUCUAGUACACUGAUCCAUUAAAGUCACCUACUUAUAAAACUAAGUUCGAAAAUAUAUUAUUCAAUUAUGGGUGAAUAUUUCACUAUAAACACUAUGAACACUACAAACACUAUAAGUGUGUAACAUAAAUACCACUAAAUACUGCUAAAUUAUGCUAAUCCUAUUGUUUUCUAUUGUUUAAUUAGCACUAUUUACUAGUGCAACGUGGUGCACACUUUUAGUGUUUGUACUCUAUUACACGUUGACUAACAUUUUUUAUUUCACAGGUUAAAUGCCUUUACUCUAUUCAUUUAUUAGCUUUUCCCCAUGAGGGCAGGGACACCACAACAGCUUUUAUGCCAAUUACAGUGAGCCCUGUAGAGUCUUAGCACGGGCACUGAAGAUGGUUGUCACCAGCGUCUUCAGUGGAUCUUUUACAUCCGCCUUAUGCAGGGUUAUAUAGUGAAGACAGACGGGGCCUACGGUUUGAAGGUCUAACCAUUUGCAGAUAAUAAUUACAAAGGCAGCACCUUCUGCUCAGUUAUUUUAAGACCCUGAGUGUUGGUCUGGCUGAGGCUUGAACUACAACCUCCCGCAAAACAGACCGAUGCUCUUACCAACUGAGCUAAUCGGGUAAUCCAGUCUUUUAUAAUUUGAAAGUGUACUCUUUUCAAUUCAAACUCCUACAAUCCUUUG